GAGGGGCGGGCGGGCGCCGUGCCGAUGGAGUCGCAAUGCGAGUACCUGAUGUACUUCCCCUGCGGCCAGGUGGCCGACUACAGUCGCUACAGGAGCCUGCCCCGCCGGAGUCACCUCUACCUGGGCGAGACCGUCCGCUUUGUGUUGGUGGUGCGCUGCCGGGUGCCGGAGAAUGAGGCGGCCGGCCUGAGCUGGCGCCGGCUGGCCUCCUCCCUCUCGGCGCUGGCCAGCGUGUGCCCUGGCCCGUCAGCCGGCCUGGGCCCCGCCCGGGAACAGGUAGAGGAGGACGAGCCGGAGGAGCGAGGCUUCAGGGAGUGCCGGGCCCUCCUCACUCACGGCGCAGGCCGCUGCGAGGACGCUGGGUGCAGGAAUCAGGCCACGGUGGAGGAACCAAUCAUUAGCAACGAUGAAGUUAUUUUCCCGCUCUCCGUUGCUCUGGACAAGCUACCAGUGGGAACUAUCAAAGCAAAGAUCAUUGUCACGGUUUGGAAGAAGGAUCAGGAGAAGGCCGAGGUGCGGGAGCAUGGCUACCUGACCAUCCUGCAACACCAGAACCCUUCCAAGAUUUUCAGGGAAGAUCAAAGCACUUUCAAAGCUCAAGUGAGUACACUAUUAACAGUACUACCACCUCCUACAGUCAAGUGCCAGCAGCUCAACGUGUCGGGCAAACAGCUGACAGUGGUCAAAGUGCUAAACACCUCCUCUCAAGAGGUGAUCUCCAUCCAGGAUGUGCGGAUCUUGCCAAACUUUAACGCCAGUUACUUGCCCAUGAUGCCCGACGGUUCCGUCUUGCUCGUAGACAAUGUCUGCCACCAGUCAGGAGAUGUGUCUGUGGCGUCGUUCUACAGGAUGAGCGGCAGUUCCGGCCACCUUCCCAUCAGGCUCAGUGCCUUGGAGGAGCAAGCCUUCCUCUUCCAGCUGCAGAUCAACGAGCGGCCCCACGAAGACACCAAGGAGGGGCUGGAAGUUCCACUGACGGCGAUUGUUUGCUGGUCACCCACUCACCAGCUUCUGACCAACAAGAUCUACACACAUUACAGGCUGCCGAACAUCCAGCUCGACCGGCCCAAGUUUGUGAUGAUGGCAUCGUGUGAGUCACCGGUAUCGAUGUACAAGCGAUUCACAGUCAAGUACACCCUCCUCAACAACCUGCAGGACUUCCUGGCCGUGCGGCUGGUGUGGACACCGGAGAGUGCUCUCAGCUGUCAGGGGGGGAAGAAGCUGUCGGUCGAGGAGCAGCGUGCGGCCGAGGCCACAAUGGGCUCGGUGGUCUGCCACACUCCUCUCAACCACCUGGGCUAUUGCAAGAAGGGCAGCACGGUGACGUACAGUGUGGCUUUCCAGGCCCUCCGUGCCGGCCUAUUCGAGCUGAGCCAGCACAUGAAGCUGAAGCUGCAGUUCACAGCCAGCGUGGCCAGCCAGCCGCCCGAGGCCCGGCCCGUGUCCCGGAAGAGCAGCCCCGGCAGCCCGGCCAUGCGAGACCUCAUGGAGCGCCACCAGGCCAGCCUGGGCCGCUCGCAGUCCUUCUCCCACCAGCAGCCUUCCCGCAGUGGACACCUCAUGAGGACAGGCAGCGUGAUGGAACGUCGGGCAAUCACUCCGCCAGUGGGGUCCCCCAUCGGCCGACCCCUCUACCUCCCGUCGGAGAAGACGGUGCUGUCUGUGGACAAGAUCGCCAAACGGGAAUGCAAGGUGCUGGUAGUGGAGCCAGUGAAGUAGGGGAGUCCAGCCGAGGGUAACCAGAGGCACGGCGAGGGUCAGUUGGGGGUUUGUGGCAAAAACGAGCCAUACGGGGAAACGUUGAGCAAAGUCAUGGCAAGCGGAUCGGUGCAAGGGCACGUGGCGCUUCCUCGUCCGGGCAAGAUUAGUGGUCUUUCAGUUUGUUUUCUUUAAUUAUUGCACUGUCUCGGAAACAUCAUCUUGAUGCUUUAAACCAGGCACGCUGUGCUUUGCAAAGCUGGUUGAGGAAAUCAGCGACAUCGAAGGUGCUGUCCUGUGCGUGAUGCCUGGCCUCUCUGACUAGAGAUGCCGAUCAGUGGAGGAGAGAACCAGAUACUUGAAUCCAGUAUUACAGUGACAGUGAACUACGUUUGGAAAGGUUGAGUGCAAGUUAUUUCACCCUCCCACAGUAUUGGAGAAAGAAUCCUGAUGAGUCUGCGCCGGGGUGGUGAACCUGUGGUACACAUGCACAGUGUGGCACGCAUAAAACUUUUGUUGGCACACAGCAUGCAGUGCCACCCCUUGGUUCUUCAAACCCCAACGAUAAUUUUUAAAAAUACAUAACGAAUAUUUUCACUGCCAAAUGAAACACAUGACUCAGUGAUGGAGAAAAGGUUGAAGAGUCUUGGCUAGAAUAUCCUCCUAUGUGAUGGUUUUCCAGAGAAAGAAAGUAUCAUGGCAUGCGAGAGAAUUUUAUUUUAAAAGACUGUCGCCAGUUUGGGCACAUGCUCUCAAAAUGGUUUGCCACCCCUUGACUAGACUAACAGUGUCAUGGUGAGCUUACACCAAUUCAAGAAUCCCUUUGACCCUUCUUUCCUGAGUGCUGGUACGCUGGUCCAGAAGCAGCUGCCAUCCACUGGACUGAAAACCCUUGUUUUCUCUGUGCCAAAGGGACAGGGAAUGAAAUUCCGUGAAGGAAGUUUAUGCUCCACGCUGUGCACUAAGAGGCGUGGUGAUGGUGUCACUCUUGGAACCGUUGAGUUAGAACACAGUACAGGCCCUUUGGUCCACAAUGUUGUGCUGAUCACUUGACCUUCUCCAAGAUCAAUCUAACCUUUCCCUCCCACAGUCCUCCAUUUUUCUUUCAUCCAUGUGUCUCCCUAAGAGUCUUUUGAAUGUCCCUAUUGUAUCUGCCUCUACCAUCACCCCUGCAGAGUAUUCCAAGCACCUAUCACUCUCUCUGUUUAACAAAAAAACAACACAACAACUCAUUUCUGACAUUCCCCAUACUUUCCUUCAAUCACCUUAAAAAUUAUGCCCCUCAUUAGCCAUUUCCGCCCUGGGAAAAAGUCUCAGGCUAUCUGCUCACUCAAGGAACCUUAUCAUUUUAUACACCUCUCAAAUGACCUCUCACUCCCCUUAGCUCCAAAGAGAAAAGCCCCAGCUCACUCAACCGAUUCUCAUGAGACAUGCUCUCUAAUCCUGGUAAUCUUUCCUAUAAUGAAGCGACCAGGUCUGAACACAAUACUUCAGUGUGGUAUAACCAGAGUUAUCAGCUGUAUAGAGCUGUGGGAUCCCAGCACAGAGUGUCAGCUUCCAGCAGGAGUGGAUCGUCUCAGGAGAGGGGUGAAGGUGAUUAAUUUGCAACUCAGCCCCCUUCUUUGGACCUGUCCCUGAGUUACCCAGUAUCACACUGCAGCUCUUGACAGAGUCUGGCGCCAAGUUAUCCCACUGCCUUUUCAUCUCUCAGACCCAGCAGACGCCACCUCCAGUUCAAUCUCAACUUCCAUUGCCAUGUGUGUCUAGUUUACAUGUUCUCCCUGGCACCGUAUGGGUUUUCCCCCAUGUGCUCCGGUUCCCUCCCUCAUCCCAAUGGUGUGUAGACCACCCCGUAGUAUGGGGAUGAGGGUUAGGGUCUGGAGGCUGGGAGUGACGGAGAGAAUUGUGGGAAAAUCACCUCCGCCAGUAUGUGGGAGAGGGGUGGAAUGGGUGUGGGGGAGAGAAUAUAGAAGUAACAGUGGGAAAAUCACACCACCACCACCCACCCCUCCGUGGGUGGAUGAGGGGUAGUGAAUUAAAAAGGGGUAAUUGUGGGACUGAUAGGAAAAUGAAUGCAUUGGGUCAAAGGUAGGUUUCUGUGCUGUGUCUCUAUCUGACUCCAGAGGAGUUUCUAAACUUUUUAAUGUCAUAGACCCCUACCGUUCACCGAGGACCGCAGGCUGGGAACCCCUGCUCUAGAAUUUCUCUGGAGCCAGCUGAGAGAGGUACCUUGUUGUUCCUCCAGCCUUUAGCUGGGGUAUGUGGCACACACAUACCGGUCUUGACUAUCACUGUUCACCCUACAUUACUUCCCUACGGUGGGCCUCUUGGAUCAAAGUGUCCCUUUCAGUCAGUCACAGACAGCUCGGGAGGAGAAUGCAGAACGCUACAGGUCCUUUGGCCCACCAUGUGGAACAAGACAGAGAAUAUGAACAUGCAUUGUAAUGUUAGCACAUUGCAGGCCCUUCAGCCCAUAAUGAUGUGCUAACCUUUUAACGUACUCCAAGAUCAAUUUAACCCUUCCUCACACAUAACCCUCCAUUUUUCUAUCAUCCAUGUCCUCUCAUUGGCCGUUGCCGCCCUGGGGACAGGCACUGUGUCAGUCCUCCCCGCCCAGCUACAUUCCAAGUGCUUGAGGGAUAACUCUUGUUCCCUGCAAAGGGUUGCAGUUCUCCACACUCCGGUCUGUAACGUGCUGCUAUAGAGAGAAGCCGCACACAACUGGACCUUCCCUUCGGCCUCCAAACUGAAGGAUCUCCCUUUCGAACAGAUGAGGAGAAAUUUCUUCAGCCGGGGUGGUGAAUCUGGAGAAUUCAUUGCCGCCGACAGGCCAAGUUAUUGGGUGUGUUUAAGGCAGAGGUUCAUAGGUUUUUGAUUAGUCAGGGUGUCAGAAGUUACAGGAAGAAGGCAGGAGAAUGGCAUUGAGAUGGAAAAUAAAUUAGUCAUGUUGAAAUGGUGGAGGGGUCUCAAUGGGCUGAAUGGCUUAAUUUUGUUCCUGUCUUCUGGUCUGAAGUCUUUGUCAACCAUCAACCACCCAUUUUAUCCCAAUCCCACAUAGAUCCCCAAUAUUUUCGAUAUUCCCAUUGACUCCCCACAGAUUCCAACCCUCACCCAUGCACUUAAGAUUGAUUAACUCACUGACCCUGCACGUUGUUGGAAUGCAGGAGAGAGCUGAACCCCCCCCCCGGGGGGGGGAUCCCACAUGAUACCCCUCGCCUGCUGACUCGUCACCCGUCAGGGAGAGACUUUUCAAGUCAUUCCCAAUCCCUCCUGGUGUAAGGGUCCCUGACAACCCCAUAACGAGCUGGGCAGUGGUUGUCCGUGCCUUUACAUGCUCAUCCAGUAACCAGCCAGGUUUAGUUACUCUAACUUGAUCGAUCGGGAAUGUGUGCUCGGUCUGUUAACCAGAUGUACUUCACUAAUCAGCCACCCAGCUCCCGGCUACAGGUUCAGCACUGUUCGGUUUUGCACUGCUACGCUUUGACCUGAGGGCCAGAAAACUCAAUUGCACUGAGUGAUUUUAGCCAUCCUACCACGCUGGAGGUGCUCCCUCAGCAGAUACGAUACAGCAGCGUAAAAUCAGGGUUUGGUUCCCACCACUGUCUCUAAGGAGUUUGUACGUUCUCCCCAUGACCAUGUGAGUUUCCUCCAAGUGCUCUGGUUUCCUCCCAGGGUCCAAAUAUUAGAGAUAGUUGUAGGUGUGCUAAAUUACCCCACUGAAAGUGUGGCAACACUUGUGGGCUGCCCCCAGCUAAUUUGAUUUGAAGCAAAUGACAUUUCACUGUGUGCUUUCAGUAUAACAGGUUUGUAGGCAGUACCCGUGAAUCACGUGAAUGUUGGGCCCACAUACUUGUACGGAAGUCGGUGGAAAGAUCUCUAACUGAAAACUCAGGUGGUUGAUGGCAGGGUUGAGUUGUUCUCCAAUCUCGGCAGUUAAUUUGUAAACGUUUCAUCACCAUACAAGGAGACAUCAUCAGUGCGCUGUUAAUUGUGGAGUGUCCCGCGAAUGCAUGGCUUUCAUAUACUUAUCAAUCCUCCAAUUGGUUGUGUGAUGAAAUCUGCAUUGUGGUCUGGAGUAAAGUCACGUAGACCUCGAUUCUAUUUAUGAAGCAAUGCAGACAAUCAUUUUAGACCACAACGCACGGAGUUCAGCAGGCAGCCAAUCAGCAACGAAACCACCUCCCUGCGUCACAGUUGAGUUUCCAUAAUGAUGACCAGUCAGCUGAUUGAGUACCGUAGCUAAAGGCCAAGCAUUCAGAGGACCAACCACAAGUGAACAGCACACUUGUCCCCUCGGAUGGUGACGAAAUGUUUACAAAUGGAUUGCCCAGGUAGGAGAGCAACUCAACCCAAAGAUCUCUAAUGACACUUCAGCCUUUGGGCAGGCACAUCAGGGCGAUGUUCUGGCAGCUUGUGAAUCCAAGUAACUCUGAGGGUGUUUGUGAAACUGUUCUGCUGCUGUUAUGUGGGUGUGUGUCCACUGACAUGUCCAUUCCUGCGGGCUGUUGUAAUUAGCUCCCUUGGGCAGUGAGCCACGUGCCAUCUGUGUUCAAUAAUGGAUCAACCCCAUCUCUUCAUGAUGCCAGAUCCAUUGGGAUCCUAACACAAAACUGCUUCUGCCCAGACAUCGCAUAGGCCCUUCAGCCCAAGAUGCUGUGCUAACCUUUUAACCUACUCCAAGGUAAAUCUAACCUUUCCCUUUGAUGUAACUCUCUAUUUUCCUAUUACCCAUGUGUCUGCCUCAGUGUCUCUUAAAUGUUCCUAAUAUAUCUACCACCUCCACUACCCCGGGCAGGUAUUCCACAUACCCUGCUGUCUCUGUGUAAGGACAAAAAUUACUUCUGACACCACCCCCCCCCUCCAGUUUACUUUCCUCUGAACACCAUAAAAUCAUAUUAGCUAUCAGUAUUUUGUUUUAGCAAUUUCCAUCUUGGGGGGUGGGGGGAGCUGCUGACCAUCCACUCGAUCUGUGACUCCUAUCAUCUAGUACACCCCAAUCAGGUAACCUCUCAUCCUCCUCCAAUCCAGAGAAAAGCCCUGACUCUUUCAACCUUUCCUCAGAAGACAUGGUCUCCAAUCCAGGCAGCAUCCUGGUGAAUCUCCUCUGCACCCUCUCUAAAGCUUCCACAUCCUUCCUAUAAUGAGGCAACCAGAACUGAACACAAUACUCCAAGUGAGAAUAUGAUACUACAACGUUUCCUCUACCCACUUCCUCCUCCCAGUACAGUCAGCAACAUCACGUGAGGAAAAGUGGUCUCCUGCUUGUGAAGCCAGGUCGAGAGUGUUGUGGGGUUGACAGGAGCUCAAUCAAAUCACUGUACGUUUACCACUUAGUCGUAUCACUGGACCACGGACACAGAUCAGAACCCCAUCAUGACACUUGGGUACUUGAGGUGAUUACACAGACUGUUAUCUUUAAAUUAUGUUUCAAGUAACACUGGAACUUGUGACUUGCUGUUUUUAAAAACCACUCCAGAUUCACUGACUACCUCCGGGGAGGAUAUGUGAACUCUUUAUCCUGGCCCUCCACUGAGCCGCUGCCCUGGCUUAAGGAGAGCCAGAAAAGUCAGUUUGACCGGUAAUUAAUGCCGCAGGAACGAGCGGGGAGAAAGAUGGUGGCAUUCUGAAAUGAGAAGCACUCAGCAGGUCAGGCAGCAUCUGUGGAGGGAGAGCAACGAUUAACGACCCAAGUCUGAGGCCCUUGAAUGUGUUUUCUCUCUAACUAAACCCGGCCGUGGUGCGGUACGGUUAGCACAGUACUUUACGGUUCCGGCUGUAAGAUUGGGGCUUGAGUGCCACCACUGUCUCCCUUCUCCCUCUGAGCACACGGGUUUCCUCACACAGUCCAGAGGCGUACAGGGUAGGGUUUCAAGAUGUCGGUGAUGACUUUUGCAGGUUGGGCUCUGUUGGUUGUUGAUGUGGCAUUUCACUGCAUGUUUUGAUGUUUCGAGAUGCAGUGUGGAACAGGCCCAAUGAGCUGCAUGCCCAGCUGCCCACCCACUUAACACCAACCUAGUCACAGGACAAUCUACAAUGCCCAAUUAGCCGACUGACCCUUACAUCUUUGGACUGUGGGAAGAAACACAGGGAGAACGUACAGAUGGCACUGGAAUUGAGUUCCAAACCCCGGACCCCCCUGUAGUGCCACCUGAUAAAUAAAGCUAACCUUUAAAGAUCUCCAAAACCAACUCCUCUUUCUCUGGUCCAUUCUGGUGAAGGGUCCGAAACAUGAUGCACAAACCCGUUUUCCACUCCCACCGCGGAUGCUGCUGGACCUGCUGGGUGUUUCUAGCAUUUUCUGUUGGGAGAUUGGGGGGGGGGGGGGCGUGGAGUGGAUGGGCACACCGAGACCCUGUGUUUGUGGCUGUCAGGGAUCAUCUGGGCCAGGCUGCAGUUCCCUUGGUCUGCACCCCGUAAUUGUGUUCUUCACUCAUAUCCAGUGUGUGCCCCCUUCUGAGGGGGUGGUUCCACAGCUGAGCUUCUGCAUCUUCAAGAUGCAGUUCGUUACGGGAAAAAUCCUUGGCAGUUAAAUCCAUUACUCCCCAGCCUUUGGAGUUUCAUAUCCCCUCCCUUCCUCAGUCCUUUUAUGUUAAUCUCCUCAUAUUUCAAAAUCUCCACCUCCCUCCCUGGAGUAUUAAUCAUCUUCUCCCUCUUUCGAGCCUCAGGUAUUAAUUUCCCCUCCCUCAAACUUUGCAUAUUUGAACCCCUCAGUCCCUCAAGGAUUUUGCCCAUCCUUUAAUCCGUGUGGUUAGCUCUCCCUCCUGCUUGCUGGAUAUUACCCUCACCCCCACUUCCUUAAUCACUACGGGAGAUUUUCCUCAACCCCCGAAUCUCCUUUGAGCUCAGUCUUGGACAGCAAGAGGGGGCGAUUUGUGAGGUUCCUCCCGAAGCUGGUGAGAGAGACGCCCUCAAGGGUGGGCAGUGAGGGGGCUGAGAUGCUUUUCUGGCUUUGCAGAGGUGACCUAUUCCUCCUCUGCAAACUCACCGGCACUCACUGCAAAUCCACAGUGGUGCUGUGCACAGUAUUUAUUCAGGUGCCCUGGGCUGCACAUCUCCCCGGAUCUGGUUAGCAGCCACACGCUGGACAGAGAACAUCUCACUAACAACCCAAGCCAGAACAAGGUUUGUAAAUGAAGCAGUACUCCACUGGCUGACUAAGGGGCAUGUGAUAAAUUCCUGUUUCAACACUGCAGAGAGUGAUUUCAAUGGAGAGAGGAUCACUUUGCUUACAAUGGCUGAGAUCAGGGGUAAAGCAAUCUCUUAAGUUUUUUUAAUGAUGUUUGAAUAGAAUGCACUUUAUUUAAAUGUAACUUAUUUACUUUGUUAUAUUGAUUUAACAAUCAGGAAACGAAUGUGUUUGUGUUUUAUUUCGAGUCUGUGUAUGCUAUGCUAGAGAGAAGCAAGAUGGUGUCUGGUUACUGCAACAGUCACUAUGGUGGAACUUUCCUAUGAACAGCUUGGUUUCAGAGUAAUCGGCGGCAUUUGUCUGGGUUAUUGCACCUUAAUGACCAUGGUAACAUUGCGCUGUUAUAAAUAAAUUCCAAUUCAGCCGUGGUAUUUA